CUAGCGGAGAUGUAGAGGUAGGGUUGCUGGACUCGGAAGGUUGGAGCCCACUCGCUUGCCUACAGAAGUGCAUUUUCCAUUCAUUUAUCAUUCCGAUGUGCGCGCUUUUAUUUUGGGCGAGAGUUUCAAUAUUUCUGGUGGGUGAGAAUGUGUUUUUUUUCCUUCUUUUUUACAUCAAUCCCCAUAGCUGCAGCUGUGUGAAGCUGGCUGGACUGGCAGAUCCCUCCCCUUCGGCUGGAUUGCUUUGCUCUUGUAUAAAGGACGCCAAUUAUGUCAGCAAUCUGAACUGCAGUCCAAGGCUGUUGGGAUAAAAGACUGACUUGUGGAGCCAUUGUUUUACCUGCUAGCUGGAUUCCUCGCCCUGUGUGUAAUAACAUGUCUAGCAGCCAUCAGGAAGGAACCAGCAAACCCGAUGCCCUGGAUAACAGUGACGACGCUCAGCCGACUGUCACAGAGAGGAGAAACAAAAGCGGCAUCAUCAGCGAGCCUCUGAGUAAAAGCCUGAAGAAGUCUCGUGCGUUGUCACAGUACUCCACCGUCGGCAAUGCUAGCUCUGUAAAUGGACAAUUACACAAAGGAAGCAAUGUGGAGAAAAGCAACACUACCUCCACAACGCAAAAAAACAUUGCGCAAGUGUUGAACAAAUUGGAAAGGGCGUCCGAAAUCACACAAGGACAGAAUGGUUUGCACUUCUCCCAGGCAGCUGAGCUGCUGAAACGGGCCGGGGCAGAACACAUGCUUCUACCGAGUGACCAGGGGCCUGGAAUCAGUGACAUCGAGGCCGUCUCAGCCACAGAAGCCAUGAACAGUCCUGCCGACUUCCCCUACAUGGGGGGCUUUCCUUUCAACCCCGGCCUUUUCAUCAUGACCCCUGCCGGGGUGUUUCUGGCAGACAGUGCACUGCACAUGGCGAGCUUGGCAGAAUAUCCCAUGCAGAAUGAAUUGGCAUCUGCCAUUAAUUCUGGGAAAAAGAAAAGGAAAAGAUGUGGGAUGUGCCCUCCCUGUCGCAGGCGGAUAAAUUGCGAGCAGUGCAGCAGUUGUCGGAAUCGCAAAACAGGCCACCAGAUUUGCAAAUUCCGAAAAUGCGAGGAACUCAAAAAGAAGCCUUCAGCUGCCCUAGAGAAGGUGAUGCUACCCACAGGAGCAGCGUUCCGCUGGUUCCAGUAGAAGGAUCAAUCCCAAAGCUUUGUCAUCAAGUGCAUUGCCACUGCUUGCUUGUAUUGUCUCAAGCAAAAAGGAUAUUUGGCUGAAAAACUAAUGGAUGCACCUACUUUUCCUGAACCAAAAAUAAACAAAAGUCUAUGGCAACUUUCAUUCCUUUUUAUAUGUUCUGUUUGGUACCUUUUGUCCUUUUUCAGCAGUUUUAAGUGAAUCUGACAUUGAUAAAUACAUUGCCAAACCGAGAAAUACCAGACUGAGUAUGGACAAUCAAAUCAUUUCUGUGUUUGGUGUUAAUGUUGUUAAUGUGUGAAAAUAAAACUGUACUUGUGUAGAGAAUGUACAUUUACAGCUAUAUUUUAAACUAGUGGCUAAUGACAAGCACUAUUGUAAUUUAGCACCAUUGUUACUACUUACCACAUGUUCUGCAUUUCUGAUUUUUCUCUUUUUUGUCAUCAAUCUCUAGUUUUUAAAUGGUUCCAAUGUUUGUAAUUAAAAGAAAAAACUACAAAGAUGUACUAUGUUUUGAAGGGGUUGCUGGAAACUUUUAUUACUCAUGUUUUUUUAUUUUAUUUUGUGAAAUUCACAGUCAUUUUUUAAAGUGUAUCGCUUUACCAAGACAAAUGUUCAGUUUUAUCUGUAGACAGAACUUUUCUAAAUAUUGACAGAUGCAUUAAAAACCAGACCCAGCUCUGCUAUACCCACGGCAGCUGGGACCCCACUCCUCUCGUUCAUACAGUAAUCUACACAUUUAGACAGUCAUGCCCAGACCCAGCUCUGCUAUAACCACAGCAGCUGGGACCCCAGUCCUCUCGUUCAUAUAGUAUUCUACACAUUUAAACAGUCAUGUCCAGACCCAGCUCUGCUAUAACCACAGCAGCUGGGACCCCAGUCCUCUUGUUCAUACAGUAAUGUACACAUUUAAACAGUCAUGCCCAGACCCAGCUCUGCUAUAACCACAGCAGCUGGGACCCCAGUCCUCCUGUUCAGACAGUAAUCUACACAUUUAAACAGUCAUGCCCAGACCCAGCUCUGCUAUACCCACAGCGGCUGGGACCCCAGUCCUCUCGUUCAUACAGUAAUGUACACAUUUAAACAGUCAUGUUUGUAAUAGUUUGGGCUGUUUUGUGAAUUAAAUGAAUGCAUGUAUUUGUUCAAGAUUUAGAGUUUAAAGUGUAUGUCUCCUUUUGCAUGCUGUAUUUUUUAAAUACUGUGCUUCAUUUUGUUAAAAACAACGCAGUAUGAAAACAGUCAUGAAAACGUUGGGUUUGUUUGUUUUUUUGUUUUAGUUUUUUUAGUUUUUUGCUUUGAGGACCUGGUUCGACUUUGGUGAUUUGAGGUGGUACAGUAAAUACACUGUCAACAUAUGUAAUACUGAAAAUAUCCCUUUGGGUGCUUACUAUAAUUUUUAUAUUUUAAUAAUAUAAGAAAUGUGAAAGUAGAUAGGAUGUUUUAAAAACCAUAAUGUGAGUGAGUGAUUACAAUUUCAUAUC